AGUUCAUAGUUCGUAGUUCGUAGUUCGUAGUUCGUAGUUCGUAGUCAUCAGUGUAAACUUGACUUGUCAUUUUCCUUUAAGAAUCUUUCAAAUUUUGUGCAGCAAGUUCUACUUUGAUCAAAUACCUGUUAUACCUAGACUGAUCAGCGAAGACCCGAAGUGAGACGGGAGGAAAGGAACAAGGAUGGGCAACUCCGUCAGCUCUCCCGGCGGAAAGGCGAUCGCUAUCGCCGGCGGCGCUGUUGUUUUGGCCUUGGGUGCUUCGUACUUAUGGGACUUUCUCUCUAACGAUGAUGAUCACCUGAGUUCCAUAUCCACUAAAAAGAGCUCUGCUUCAGCUUCUUCCACGCCCGACGCACCGGCUUCUAGGAUCAGGAACAAGUUGGCAGAGGAAGUGUUGACAGAUCCGAGAAACAGAGAUGGGUUUGCAAAUGGUAGUGAAGCUUCUUCCACGCGUGAUGCGCCGGCUUCUGGGAGGACGAAGUUGGCAGAGGAAGCGUCGGUGACUCUGCGACCAGGUAAGAUGAAUCCGAAAAACAGGCAUGGGUAUCCGAGAGGUAGUGAAGAAUUUCCAAGAAGGAUCAGAUGUCAUCCAAUGCCACAAUUCAUCACAAUAGUAACAUACAACAUCUGGCAACAAGAUGUGAAACUGAACGAGAGGAUGAAAGCUAUUGGGGAACUCAUGCAAGCUCUAAAUAUGCCAGACAUAAUUCUAUUUCAAGAGGUAACACCUGAAAUUCGCAAAAUUUUUAAAGAGUUCAAAUGGUGGCAACAAUACAAAUGUGUGUCGCACAAAACACCAACAACGAAACAUUUCUGUUUGCUGUUAAGUAAGCUUCCAGUGAAGGUUCUGGGUUUGGAGCACUGUAAGGAUUCCAUCAUGAAGAAGAAGUUGAUUGUAGCUGAAGUAGAAGCGUUGGGGAAGAGAAGAAGUUUGGUCGUCGCCAAUGGUCACCUAAAGAGACCUAAUCUACCUGACGAGUCGCACACGAACAAACGCACUGCUCAAGCCAAAGAAGCCAUCACUAUCCUUGGAAACUAUAAUAACGCCAUCUUUGGAGGUGACAUGAACUGGAGUGAGGACCUAGAUGGGUGCUUCCCGCUGCCCAAUGGGUGGGUCGAUGCUUGGGAGCGCUUGAGACCCUUCGAGAACGGGUGGACUUAUGACAACGUGUCCAACCAAAUGAUGAUCAAAGGAAAGAGAAGGUUGCGGAAGAGAUUGGAUAGGUUUUUGUGCAAACUGAAGGACUAUAAAUUGGCAUGUAUCGAGAUAAUCGGCAAGGAUAUCAUACCGGGACUCAGGCACCAACACAGGGAGAAAGACUACCCUGUGUUAUGCAGUGAUCACUUCGGAUUGCUUCUACGAAUAUCUAUUUGAUAGAUUCGCAAAGCUUGUAAUCUAGAUGCACUGAAAAUGUGUUUGAUUGCCAGUGUUGACAGAAAAUGUAAAAUUUUCAGAAUCAGAAAAAGUAAUUAGAGGACUGGAAAAGCUACUUGGAUACUUAUUAAUAUAUUAAUAUAUGUUGCCCACAGCUGAGAAGAUUCUGUACA